CUAUUUUAACCUAUUUGGAACACAAGCCAGUAGUGAACUGCUCUUCAAACGUUCAGCAUGAUCUGGGUUGUAGUACUCGCCGUGGUCUUGGUUAUCAGCGCUGAGGUAGACAAAGCGAAUUGCGAGCCGUCGACUCUACAAGCAACACUCAACUCGGAAUACUAUUUAGGAUCCGGACAUGGCCAGUCUCAAGCAAGAAAUAACAAUCACAAAGAACACACUUUAAGUGAGGAAGAAAACAAGAUCGUACAAGACGUCUUCAGUCCAGAUUAUUAUGAACCCAACAUAAUACUAGACUACAGAUAUUUGAAAACGGGUGGCAGAGGUUACGCCAGGAGCGACGGGGGACAAAUUCUUAUCCUGCCGAAAAGAAAUCAAAUGCCCAACAUACAUAACGAUUAUGACACUCUUAUUGAGUACUUGCGUCUGAAACGUCUAAAUGAAAUGAGUAAUUACUGGAGGAUUGGCUCUCAUCGAACGGCGAAGAGCAAACAAGGUUCUGAUCGCUAUGAAGAGCAAAGUGAAGAUUAUUACAAGUCCGAUGCUGACAAAGGCUGGGCUCCAUACAUUCGUUAAAAAUACAAUACGCAAUUUUUUUCUUAACGACAAAAAAUAAUUGAUCCAAUAAUAUAAGCAUUUCUUUAAUCUUGAUAUUUUAUAAUUACAUGUUUUGUAUAAAAAAAAGGCUUUAAUUACAAUUAUUCCCUUUCUUU